GAAGAAAAUUCAAUACUAUCUUUAGACAGUUUAUUUUACAAAUUAAAGCUUAGUUAUUGCUUGUAGUGGGUGAUCAGCAGAGGUAGGGCGUCAGCCAGCAGUAGGGGAAUUUAAACAUGCCUAGGGCAAGCAUAGAUAGAUACUCAAAAGGGUUAAAAAAAAGGGGAAGAGUCAAUGUCACUUUCUUUCGUUUCUUUGUAAACGCAAGUAGCUGCAAACAACGUAAACCAGCCUCACCCAGCCCACACAUCCAGAGCAUUUCUCGUGAUGGCGGCUGCUCAAUUGAAGCUGGAGGUGACGUGUUCCAUCUGUAUGAACAUUUUUUCAGAUCCCGUCACCCUAGGAUGUGGACACAGCUUCUGUAAAAUUUGCAUCACAAGAACAUUUGACAACCAACAUGACAGGGAAUACUUCUGUCCAGAAUGCAUGCAGGAGUUCAGGAGACGUCCAGAAUUAAAGAAGAAUCCAAGACUAUCCAACAUCGCCGAUCAUUUCCAUUCUGUGGAACCAAAUGGAGACCAACUUGAGCAUGUCUGCAGUUAUUGCGUUGACCCUCCUAUACCUGCUCUUACAUUGUGUCUUUUCUGUGAGGCUUUUCUCUGUGAUCGGCAUAAACAGGAACACAGCAAGUCACCAGAACACGUCCUCACCGAUCCCACCACUUCCCUGGAGGACAAAAAGUGUCCCGUCCACAAGAAGAUCCUGGAGAAUUACUGUAUUGAUGAUGGUAUGUGUAUCUGUGCUCAUUGCAUGACCUCAGACCACCAUGGACACAAAGUCAGCACAAUAAGUGAAUUUUUUCAGGAAAAGGCAAAAAAUCUGAAACUUAUUCUGGAGAAAUUGUCUGAUAAGAGAAAGGAAACAGAAGCAAUGCUCAAGAGUCUGCAGGAUCACAAGAUGAAGAUAGAUAAUGAGGCAGGUGGUAUAGCUGAGAAAGUCAACGGCAUAGUGAAAGACAUCAGAAGACGAGAGGAUCUAGAGAAGAGAGUACUGACUGAAAUCUCCAGGCAACAGCAAAAUAUUUCCCUCUUAGUCUCCAAUGAUAUCCAGCAACUAGAAAAUGAAAAGUCUGAACAAAUUGAGGAGCUCAGUAGAAAUACUAACCCAAUAACUCCCUUACAGACUGCAGAAGUUUCACCGUGUGCCUCAGAGGAGGAGUAUACUUUGGGCAGAGGAGUGGAUAGCAAAAUGAUCCAUAAAGUGGAUGAUCUGGAGGAGGAUGUUGCCUUAGAGACUUUUCCUUCAGGGCUACCAAACAUUGUGGUGGGUGCUGGAACAAAUGAACUUCAAAACAUUCCAAAUGUUGCAGCUGAACUUCAAAAUGUUUUACACAUUUUGGCCAAUCAGAGCACUACCCAACAAAUGUUACCUAUAAACACAGAUAGUAACGUGUGGAGCUGUGAAGAUCUCUAUGACCCUGAUACUGACUAUGAGGAUGGCCCCUAUGUUGUUGACAGUGAUUCUGAUUAUGAUUAUAAGGAUGGCCCCUAUAUUGUUGACAGUAGUGAAGAUGAAUACUAUGACCAGUGAUUACAGUUAUUUAGUAAUUAAAAACGGUAAAAAAAAAAACCAGAUACCACAGAAUAAAAAUGAAAUUUGGUUAA